UUCUAUUUCUCUUUUGUUUUUGUAACCAAAUUUGAGUGAUCCGUCAAAAUCUUGCGCGAUCGUGCGACGGCGUGCGAUAGUGUUCGCAGCAAAAUUCAUAGCGUUUCGUACCAUUUCGCACCACAUUCAAACAAUUUUAAGCAGAGUUUAACAAAGAAAAUGUUGCGAUAUUGAAAAGAGACGAAAAUUAAUUCAUUCCUCCUCUGUGCUACACCACCACCACUAUCACCCCAUCAAGUCGUGCGUGUAUCAAUUAAUAUGUUUUUUAAUUCCGCAUAAGUUACGAAUCCUCGCAUGUCCUCGUUCCUAUUCAAUUGCAGGUUGUCCGGCAGCAGCUGCAUCGUCUCGCGAAUCAUCUUCGUAGCACAAAAAACUAACCUCAACACUGUAGGCAACAGGUACAAGAGUAUGCCGAAAGAGAUGACGCACGUCGCGGAGGCGCAGAGACAGAGACUGAAAAUCAAAGAGAAGAGUGCCAAGUAUGUGCCGGGCAAGGUGUCACUGCAGGUGCUGGGCAGCGGUGCCAACGGCGCACCUAGAAGUUUGUACAUAUUCACCGAUCAGUCAAGGUAUUUGUUUAACUGUGGCGAGGGCACACAGAGGCUGGCUCACGAACACAAAAUGAAAUUGGCAAAAUUGGAGCACAUCUUUGUGACGCAGGCAACUUGGAAAAACAUGGGUGGAUUGCCAGGCACCGCUCUGACUAUACAGGAUGUUGGGGUGCCAAAAAUCACUUUGCAUGGACCCAAGGGAUUGGAUUUCCUGUUCAAAGCGACAAAAAGAUUUGUGGUGAUGAAGAAUUUAAAGCUGGAGAUGGCCGACUGCGAGGAAGGCAGCAGCUUCUCCGAUAACGUGAUGAAUGUGCAGUACGUGCCGUUGAGUAAAGCGGAUCUUUGCGACGGAACGAAUGAGGGUGACAAAUGCACGCAGACUGCCGGAAGUCCGAAUAUGGAUGUGGCGACUAGCACAGAGUCGAGGGACACUCGGAAAAGGCGACGCUCCAAGUCCAGGUCUCGUAGUCGUAGCUUAAGUGUGUCCGAGGAUGAAACGAACUAUUAUGGAAACGAAAGUAAGCUCAUUCGUUUAGAUAGAAAUAGAUCCAGCUCACCUGCAGUUGAUGGCACCAAGUUUGCGAGCAACAGUAUUUCGGAAGAGGCGAAGGCUGAGCUGGCCGAGACCAAGGAGAAGGGAGUCGUGAUGGGUUAUAUUUGCAGGCUGACGCCCAGACCUGGCACCCUGUGUCUGGAGAAGUGCGUCAAAUUCGGGGUGCCCCCGGGGCCGUUGCUCGGACAACUCAAAGGAGGCAGCGAUGUGACACUUACGAACGGUACCGUUGUCAAGGCGUCCGAUGUCUGCGAACCGGACGACCCGGGACCCGUCUUCUUGGUCGUCGAUUGCCCCGGCGAAGAGUACUUGGAUUCGUUGGUGAACAACGCUAGCUAUCGUAAGCAUCAGGAAAACGCAGUCUGCGACGAGGAUUUGGCCUACCUGGUUGUACAUUUCACACCCAAGAAUGUGAUGCAACAUCCGAAAUAUCAGAGAUGGCUUCAAAUGUUCUCACCGAGCACGAGGCAUAUGGCGAUCAACGAUGCGAACGUCUGCAUGGGAAGUACGUCAGUGCAUCGCAUCCAAUGUCAGCUCAAUCUUCUCAGUCCUGACAUCUUUCCGUUGCUGGGCGACAAAGGAACGAAGAUUACGGUGGUGAAGGAGGAUGAGGAGAAGACGACGACGACAACGACGAAUACUUGCAGAAGUGAUUCGCAGAUUAUCCAACCAUCGACCGUCGGUAUUUUCCAUUUACGACCGAGGAAAGGUUACGAUGUCAGCAACGAGCUGAAGCUGAACCCCAAAGAGUACGUGGAGGAAGGAAUGAAGGUGGUCGACGUCGAAGAUACUCUGCCGGAACUCGAAAGGAAAUUGUCGGAGAAAAAAUCGACGUUGGUGGUGAACGAAUACCCGAAGGUGUUGUUCAUGGGCACAGGUUCAUGCAUUCCCAACAAGACCAGAAACACGAGCGGCAUUUUGCUGCAGAUCAGCGACAAGAUCAACGUGGUCGUCGAUUGCGGCGAGGGCACGUACGGGCAGGUGGUUCGAUUCUUCGGAGAAGAGAAGAGUCGCGAUGUGCUCGCACGAACUGAGGCGAUCUACGUUUCGCAUCUCCACGCCGACCAUCACAUCGGUCUCAUCGGUUAUCUGCAGGGACGUCGCAGAGCCAGGCAACUACUCGACAUGCCCCCAAAGCCGGUGCGGCUGUUCGCGCCUAAGCAGAUCCUCAGCUGGCUGCACUUCUACGACCUCUGCUUCGAGGGCAUCUCCGCCGAUUACGAGCUCAUCCCCAACGGCGAUCUGCUGAUGACCGGGCCGACGCUGGACGCGACCCGCAUGCAGCAGAUCCUCUCCGACCUGGACAUGGAGCAAAUAAGCACUUGCUACGUGCGACACUGUCCGAACGCGUUCGGCGUCGCACUUCGUCACAGGCGAGGAUUCAAGAUCACGUACAGCGGUGACACAAUGCCCAGCGAGGAUCUGAUCCAGCUGGGCAUGGGCUCCGAUCUGCUCAUCCACGAGGCGACCAUGGAGGACGAGCUGGCGCACGAGGCAGUCGUAAAGAUGCAUUCGACGACGUCCCAGGCGAUCGAGGUCGGCCGUCUGAUGAAGGCCAGGUACGUGCUGCUAACGCAUUUCAGUCAGCGGUACGCGAAGUUGCCUCGCUUCAACGAGAACUUUACCGAAAACAUCGGCAUCGCCUUCGACAAUAUGCAGGUAAAAAUGGACGAGUUGCCGCUGGUACCGAUCCUCUAUCCGGCACUGAAGAUGCUCUUUGCCGAUCAUUACGAGGAGCUCGAGACGAAGGCGGUGAAACGCCAGAUGAGACUGGAGAGAGAGAAACUUGAGAAAUCGAAAGGAACGACCGCAGCUGCAACGGCAGCAGCAUCCGCCGUCUCCGCAAAUAAAUAGCAAAAAUACAAAAAAUAAUAAAUACAUUUAAAAAGAAA